UGACGAAAGUGUGUGACGUAUUUUAUGGCCUCAUGUUUGUUUACCGCCCCGUAAUCCGCCAACGAAAGUAAUUGUGAUCAGUAUUUGUUUUGAAAACAAACUUGGUAUAUAGUUGUCUCACACCAUCGCAACCACACUAUCCGGCUAGUAUUGUGCUUCGAAUUCCCGGAAUAUCGAGCGCUGUCAUCGACACCACAUUGCCAAAUCAGCUGUUCAGUUUACGCCCAUCGGUAUCGAUCACGCCACCAUCAACACAGUCAGAUUCUUUACUCGUGGUCGAGAUAUCAUAUCACCAUGAAAUGACAGUGUUAAGAAAGCAGUUCGUAUUAUUAUAAAAAAAAAAAAAACUUAUUAGUAUUGUGAACCACUCGGGUAUGCGCAUAGAGUAAAGAUGGCGACAACAGACAAUCGAACUAGUGUGCGUAUUCCAGAUGCUGAGACGUGGGAAAAGUCAAAGAAAUUCACUGUGUAUAAGGUUGUUGUUUCAAAAGGGGACAAAACUUGGUUUAUAUUCAGAAGGUAUAAUGAAUUCAACAGACUUUAUGAUAUGCUGAAGAAACAAUAUCCAGAGAUAAAUCUAAAACUUCCAGGAAAAAAAAUCUUUGGCAACAAUUUUGAUAAGGACUUUAUAAAACAGAGACGAGAAGGACUGGACGACUUUAUACAAAAACUUUUAAAACAUCAAAAAGUCUUACUCAACCCUGAUGUACGAGAGUUCCUGUUGCUUGACAACCCUCGUAAUACAUCUGUGGACGAAGACAGCAAUGAAGAACAGGACCAAGACAGUAGCUCUGACACUAACAAAAUUAAUCUAGGGGGCACCGAAAAACAAAAUGUCAAGCCGAGUGACUAUGAUUUCUUAAAGGUCAUUGGCAAAGGAAGCUUUGGUAAAGUUCUCUUAGCCAAGCACAAGAAAGAAGGCAAAGUUUUUGCAGUUAAGGUGCUCCAAAAACAGGCUAUUAUGAAACGAAAUGAGGUAAAACACAUCAUGGCUGAGCGUAAUGUGUUACUAAAGAAUGUUAAACACCCCUUCCUGGUUGGCUUGCAUUAUUCCUUCCAAACCAAAGACAAGUUGUAUUUUAUCCUGGACUACGUCAACGGUGGUGAACUGUUCUUCCAUUUACAAAAAGAAAGAUAUUUCACAGAGUGUCGUGCUCGAUUCUACGCAGCCGAAAUUGCAAGUGCACUUGGAUAUCUUCACUCGCUUGAUAUCAUAUACAGAGAUUUAAAGCCAGAAAACAUUUUAUUGGAUGCUCAGGGACACGUUGUACUCACUGAUUUUGGUUUGUGUAAAGAGAACAUAACAGCUACUGGAACAACUGGUACAUUUUGUGGAACACCGGAAUAUUUGGCACCUGAAGUUCUUCGUAAACAAGAAUAUGACCGUUCAGUCGAUUGGUGGUGUCUUGGUGCUGUUCUCUAUGAGAUGAUGUAUGGACUGCCACCAUUUUAUAGCCGCGACACCGCUGAGAUGUACGAUAAUAUACUUUAUAAGCCACUACGUCUACGUACAAAUGUAUCACAAUCAGCAAGGAUGCUGCUAGAAGGGCUUCUCCAGAAAGACCGCCAGAAUCGACUCGGUGCGGGCCAGGCUGAUUUCUUAGAUAUUAAAAAUCAUCCAUUUUUCAGCACCAUCAACUGGGAUGAACUGGAAGCGAGGCAAAUACCGCCACCAUACAACCCUAAUGUGACUGGCCACAUGGACUUGAGGCAUUUCGAUCCUGAGUUUGUACGGGAACCUGUUCCCCAAUCGGUCGGCAAAUCAAUGGAUCAUAACGGUGUCAGUGCCAGUGUCCAGGAAGCAGACAACGCAUUUAUGGGAUUUUCGUAUGUUCCUCCUGAAUCCUAUGAUUAGACUGCUCUACACACUCCACGAAACCAAAAUGGUUGGAUUUCAUCAACUACAGAGCGUUCUUCCACUAAUAAUAAGCAGCAACAGUUUCUAAAAAGUACCACAGACAUGAGCUUCACACCCCUCACAAGGAAUGAGAAAGUCUGACUUUUAAUCUCACUCAGAUGGUUUCACAACACAUGCUGCUCACCCCUGCCAGCAAAAUGGUUGAACUAAACAGACAAUGUGCAGGUUGGGCAUUUAACAGUGAAACACUGAUGCUGAAAUUUUAUAC